AUGGGGUCUACCGUGUACAUGCAGCCUCGCCUAUCAGAAGCGACUCUGCAUUUUCCAGCCAUGCAUUCGGGCCAUAAAGCUCCAUCUCUCGGCUCCCCUUUUCCCACAGUCGCAUUAAACGAACUUGCCUUCAAAGCAAACAGACGUAGUGACCGACCCAAUUGUCCAUUGUACCAGAGCUGGCGGCACGCGCUGCAACGGCCACUCCUACUUCGGUUCCAGUGCGUCGGUACCAUUGUUGCCAAGAGAUGCCUCUUCUUAGGAAGACCCGUGAUGGAAGGGGCUGAAUCUAUACUAGCGGGCCAACGCCAAGCGCCGAGUGCAUCUCCAUUGCGAGGUCGUCAAGCUACCAAUCGCAUCGAUCGAAAGCCACGCGACGACGCCAGCAUCCUCGCACAAGGAUUGAGCGAACAGGCGGUCCGCGUCUAA